AUGCCACCACUAGAUGAUGACGACGCUUUGCUUGCCCGGCUAAAUGCCCUUAAAAGAUCACACGUAGACCUUUCGAAUUCGCCCUCCGUACCUUCCCCCUCCGUAUCGACACCACCUCUCAAAGAUGAGAAUGACCUCGCCGCCCGCUUCCGAAGGCUAGGCGGUACAAACGCUAGUCCAAGUACAACAACCCCGGCUAUAGCUCCGGGUGCAGCUAGUUACCUUGAAGGAGUAGCUGAAGGUAUCGGAGAAGGUUCGAAACAUAACGAAGUAGACGAGAGGAGCUUGGAGGAGCUACUGAAAGAGCUAGGAUCUGGGUCACAAUGGGGUAUUGGCGGGAAAGACGAGGGUGAUUUCGGAAAGCUAGUAGAGGAGGCACGGAGAAUAUUGCCAGAGCUUAAUGAGGCUCGUGAGCAUGCUCGAGGGAAUGGAGAGAGCCGUAGUGGGGACGCGGAAGUAAAGGAUGAGAAGGUGCCCCAUGAGGGAGAGGAAAACGAAGAUAAUGAAGACGAGGAUGCGAUGGAUGAGACAGAGGCAGAUGAAUAUAUUGCACAAAUCUUGGCAGAUUUGGAGCUUCAAAAGAAGCAUGGUGGUGCGGAGGAUCAAGACGAUGCGUCGAAUAGUGGUGGAGAGCAUGAGCAGCCUAAAUCGAAGGCCUCAGAUCUAGAAUAUAAAAGUGACGAUGGAAACAAGAGUUCCGAGGAACCUACAACACCAUCUAGACUUAGUAGAGGAGACCUGGAACUACCGGCUGCUCCAUCUACUCAGCCGAUUACACCUGCAGAUGACGACGACGAUUUCGCUCGCUCAAAGACGAUGGAAGAUGCCCUUACUGCGCGAAUGAAUGCGCUGGCUCUCCCCUCUGCACCUUCUUUCCAUCCCUCCAAGAAACCGAUCAGAGUCACAAAGUCAAUACCUUUCAAGGAUGAAGAAAUCGAAACGUGGUGUGUCAUAUGUAACGAUGAUGCUACUGUGAGGUGUAGAGGAUGCGAUGGAGACCUCUAUUGUAGGAAGUGCUGGGCUGAAGGCCAUAUAGGUGAGAGUGCUGGCUAUGAAGAGAGGAGGCAUAAAUGGGUGAAGUAUGAGAAGAAUAAGGAUUCUAAGUGA